AUGGUAAGGAGGUUGAAACACAUGCUUGAUAAAACAAGUGGUGCCGGUGGUGCCGAGCCCGUCGCAGUCAUGUCAGCACCAAAAGCGGACCUCGGGGAAGGCAUUCUACUGGACGAGUCUACCCUGACAAGAUUGCGGCGAGAUGCCAAGAACUCGGGGUCAAGAUUUGCCCGGGGUCUUCUCAAAGUUCUCUUCAGCUCGGAAGAGUUGGAGAACAAGUCUCUUUUUGGGCGGCGUUCAAACGCCCACAAGGGUGCCGCCCAAAAAGAGGCCUUGGAUCCGAGACGUGUGAAUGCCAUCCUGAGAUACACAGCAAGACAUUUUGAUGCCACAACAGGCGAAAUAAAAAACACAUUGUCAUCCAUGCUAGCACGUGGAUAUUGAAAUCUUUUUAAUAAAUACUAGUUUUCA